AUGCCUCCAAAACAACCCUCGAAGUCGGGCAAGAGGCUGAAACGAGACGACGACAAUGAUACUGACGACAGUGAUGUUGACCUUCAACCCAUUCACUUCUUUGUGCCCGGAGAAAACAUCAACGCCACGGUUCUGGUCGACUACAUUACACGAUGGGUCGAUCGCACGGCGAAGAUAACAUCGGCCCAGCAUCCCACGGACAAAACACGAACUGGUUUCAGUGUCCUCGCGAAAAGAGCGCUCAAUGCCGUUAGCAUUCGCGAUCUCAUCAAUGACUCUAGAGACUGGUAUUUGGAACAACAAGGCAGAGAUUAUAGAAGAGAUCCGUACGACUAUAGAGAUUCGGACACGGCCAGGCGUCGGGCGAAAAAGGGACCCUCGGAAGGCGGCACAAACAAACCCCAGCAACCGCGGGUCAAGCGAGAAGGCGGAAGUGAGUCGGCCGAACCUGGGCGGCAGGAGAGGGCGACCAUGACAUCGAACAUGCCGGCGAGUCCUCCGCAACCUGCGUAUCACCAACCUCAAACUCAGCCUCAGUACAGCCAGUAUCCUGCCCACACUCAGCCGCAACAUAUCCAACCGAAUCCGGGUCCGUACUAUCAAGGACAGUCGAGGCCCGAGCAACCUUCUCCCAACUUCAACAUCACCGUGAACACGGCCACGUUCGCGCCGAGGCCGGGACAGGCUGGCCAGUACGUCCCGAGUGCAUAUCAGUCGACCGCAUAUGCACAUGUCGCGGGGCACGAAUCGGAACCCCCGCCAGCGUACCAACAGUCCAUGAUCAGUCGUGGCCCAGCUAAUCCGCACCCCCCUUCACAACCCGGACCCGAUACGUUUGACGCUGAGAAGGCCGCGACGAGUCGACAUUUCCCCGCCCAAGUGACGCGACAAGGCUCGACCGACUCCAAGGAGGACUUUCCUCGGUCUCAUAGUGCCCAGGACCGUCGGCCGUCCACGGUUGACCAAUCCGGGCGAAGAGCUGGCCGUUGA